AUGCACAAUGUGUUUGUAGGCACAGCCCGUGACCUCGUUGCUUCCACCAUCCGGACCCUGAUUCGACACAAAUGCUAUGAGCAUGUUAGCGACAAUGUUGAAACUGUUCUGGAUCACAUCCACCGGGAAAUCUUGUCUGAUACCAAAGCGCAGGGGCUGAGCUUGCCAGCAAAGCCACCCUUGAACGAAGCCAACUUGGGGGGAACUGAUUAUGCCGAGCUCAGCUCGAAGUACAAGGCGAUCCACGUCAAGAUUUUGGUUUGGUGGGUGGCAGCUAAAUGUCAGCGAUGCGCAGACUUGAAGCCAAGCGACAGGGUGCUGCAAAUGUUGGCCACUUGCACAUUCAGCUUGCAGCGGGGCAUUGAGCUCUUGGAUCAAAGCGGUUUGGUGAUGGAUUGGGGGAAGGCCCGCGAAGCUUCUGAAUCCAUACUCCUUCACUCCAAGUCGUUCAGUUGGCUGAGUGCUCAUUUCUUUGAAAAGAGGGUUCUCCUUUUUAGGAUGAGACCUAAGAGUCACUACAUCAUGCACCAAGCCCUCGACUUGCAGAAGACUGCUAUUAAUUUGAACUGCUUCCACACUUUUCAGGAGGAAGCAUUUCUAGGCAGGAUCAAGGCUUUGGCACUAGCCUGUCACGGUCGCACCAUGACAGCUCGAGUGUUUGCCAGAUAUGUUCUGUGCCUGGCCCUGUUGGUGCACAAGUACCGUCCGGGGCCAUAA